AUGUCGCUCCCUCCCCUGGUCCCAAUCUCGAAGGUUUGUUGCAUAGGGGCGGGGUACGUCGGUGGGCCUACAUCAGCUGUGAUUGCUUAUAAGUGCCCUAAUGUUCAAGUUCAUGUUGUUGACCAAGAUGCCACGCGAAUAGACGAAUGGAACUCUGACAACCUUCCCAUUUUCGAGCCAAAUUUGCACGAAAUUGUCGUCCAGUGUAGAGGGAAAAACCUUAAAUUUUCUACGGAAAUAGCAAAGGCUAUUGAAGAAGCUGAGCUUAUAUUCAUAUGCGUCAAUACGCCGACCAAAUCAUAUGGCAUUGGCAGGGGUCGUGCUACUGAUACUACCAUGCUAGAAGAAGUGGCUCGUCAAAUAGGACAGUGUUCUAGCCGACCUAAGGUCGUUAUUGAGAAGAGUACUGUGCCAGUCAAGGCUGCAGAGAGCAUCUCCAACAUUCUUCGUGCUAACUCUUCUCAAGUGGAACCGGAUGAACUUGAAAUAGAUGAGGAAAGUAAUCUUAUUGAAUUUUAA